AUGGUAGAAAAUGAAAAGGAAAAUCAAUCUAGUCCUGCAGUUUUCAUCCUCUUGGGAUUUGGAAAUAUCAUUCAGUUACAUGUUCUUCUCUUUAUACUGUUUUUAGCUAUUUACAUUUUGUCUAUUACUGGAAACCUUCUCAUCAUUUUCCUAGUUUGGGUUGACCAGCAUCUUCAUACCCCCAUGUAUUUCUUUCUCAUGAACCUAUCCUGUUUGGAAACUUGUUACAUUUCAACCAUCUUACCCAAGAUGCUGGCCAUUUUCCUGACUGGGGACAGAGCCAUAUCCUUUGAGGGUUGCAUCACGCAAUAUUAUUUCUUUGGUAUCUGUGCAGCUACUGAAUGCUAUCUUUUGGCAAUGAUGUCUUAUGAUCGGUAUCUGGCCAUAUGCAAACCUCUGAAUUACACAUCUCUUAUGAAUGGUAGACUCUGCCUCCAGUUAGCAUUUGUAUCUUGGAUGAGUGGCAUAUUGACUAACACUAUAAUUACCUCUUCUGUUCUAGCACUUACAUUCUGUGGACCCAAUGAAAUUGACCACUUCUUUUGUGAUCUAUAUCCUGUGACAAACCUCUCCUGCACCAAUAACCAGUUAGUCAAACUUGUAACUUUUAUUCUGGGAAUCAUCACAACUGUGCCUCCAUUUCUACUAACCUUGUACUCCUACCUCUGUAUUAUUCUCAAUGUCUUGCAAAUUAAAUCAAAAGCUGCACAGAAGAAGGCUUUCUCCACUUGUUCUUCUCACCUUAUUGUUGUGACAAUCUUCUAUGGGUCAAUAUUUCUUGUUUAUGUAGUCCCUGAAACAGAAACCUUGAAGAAACUACACAAAACCUUUUCCUUGUUCUACACCAUUUUGACUCCUAUACUCAACCCCCUCAUAUACAGUCUGAGGAACCGAGAAGUAAAGGAAGCUUUCUUCCACUCUGUCAGAAGAUAUAGCAACAGAGUUUCCUAA